AAUCCGUUGAUAUUGCGCAUGCGCGAUGCCUCGUACAUUAUUUACAGAUAGAGCGCAGCGAAUCUGAUUUCAAAUAUCAUUUAAAUUUUAACGAAUAAACAAUUUUGUUUUGUUAUCGCGUAGCGUGUUAACCUACUUGAGGUGUGAUGUUCUUAUAUUAUGAUAAAUUUAAAGUAAUGUGUCGAGAUUAUUGAAAGGUAAUACUGUGCAAGGAAUAAAAAUACGUUAACAACUAUGGAUAAAAUCAAUUUCACGGUGAAUGGUGAACCCAUCUCUUUGAAUGGCUCCGAAGUGUCCCCUUUAACAUCACUGAAUGACUAUCUGAGGAACUACCUAGGUCUCCUGGGAACUAAGGCUAUGUGCCAUGAAGGUGGCUGCGGUGCAUGCAUCGUCUCUGUAGCAAAAAUUCACCCCGGAAGUAGCGAGAAACAAAUCAUAGCUGUUAAUUCGUGUUUGGUUCACGUUCUUUCUUGCCACGAAUGGGAGAUCACAACAAUAGAAGGUGUGGGGUCAAGGAAAGAUGGUUACAAUCCAUUGCAGAGCAGGCUGGCUUCCUUCAACGGUACCCAGUGUGGAUACUGCACACCUGGCUGGAUUAUGAACAUGUACAGUUUGUUCGAGGGGUCAAAGAAAAAUCUCACUACGAAACAAAUAGAGCGAUCGUUUGCUGGAAACAUAUGUCGUUGCACCGGUUACCGGCCUAUUCUGGAUGCGUUUAAGACUUUUGCUUCGGACGUUGAAGCUGGAAAUGAUAUAAAGGAUUUAGAAGAGCUUGAUAAAAUUAAAUGUGCAAAGAAAUGUCGUGAAGACGACAAUGUCGGAGAUGACUGGUGUUUCAUCGAUAACAAUAACCGAAAUAUAUUGGAUAUUAAAAUGGAUACUAACAGAUGGUACAAGGCAUUUUCCGUGGAAGAUGUAUUUAAGGUCCUUACAAAAGAAGGCACGGAUAAUUACAGCUUAGUUGCGGGAAACACGGGGAAAGGAGUGUAUCCACCGACCAAGGAGUCACGUGUUUACAUCGACAUAUCGUCAAUAAGCACGCUUAAAGACACGUUCAUCGACGCAAACCUAGUUCUGGGCGCGGGUCUUUCUCUGCACGAAACUAUGGCGAUAUUUCAGAGACAAAUGAAAAACGAUGAUUUCUCAUACCUGAAGCAGUUCCACGAUCAUCUGGAAUUAGUUGCUAAUGUUCCAGUUAAAAAUAUUGGUACGAUAGGCGGUAAUUUAGCGAUGAAAAAUAGUCACCCCUAUUUUCCAUCAGACGUUUUCGUCUUGUUUGAAACAGUUAAUGCUACUGUGACAUUGGAGGAUCUGCAUUUGAAGACAACAGAAAUUAAUUUGCCGAAGUUCUUGAAAACCUCACUUAAAGACCAAAUUAUAUUGAACGUGAAAAUACCGCCUUUGUCCAAUAGCCACUUGAUAAGAACAUACAAGAUUAUGGCCCGCGCCCAAAAUACUCACGCGAUAGUCAACGCUGGGUUCAAUUUCCAUGUAGAUAAAAAUAAAAAAAUUCUCACUUCAAACAUAGUCUAUGGUUCCAUAAGUCCCACGUACAACCAUGCCAGAAAUGUUGAGAAUAUACUAAAAGGGCAACCGCUGUUCAGUGAUGAAACUCUGCGGAUGGCGUUAGUGAAGUUACAGGAAGACAUCGUCCCACUUGAUGAUCCGUCAGAACCAUCGCCGUUCUGCAAGAAGGCUAUCGCUUUGGGAUUGUUUUAUAAGGCAAUUCUCUCGUUAAGUCCGUCAGUGAAUCCUAGAUAUGCAUCCGGAGGCAGUGAGUUAGUCAGACCCCUGUCAAGCGGCAUCCAAUCCUACGAAACAGACAAGAGCCUGUGGCCGCUCAACCAGCCUGUACCGAAAUUGGAAGCUCUAUCUCAGUGUUCAGGUGAAGCGUUAUACAGUUGCGAUAAUGUUUCCGGCCCUCGAGACGUGCACGUAGCGUUCGUCCUCUCCACGAUCUGUCUCGGUGAAAUUGUCCAAUUCGAUACCACUGAAGUAUUGAAAAUUCCAGGCGUCGUAGCAUUUUUAUCCGCCAAAGAUAUACCAGGGACGAACUCCUUUAUCCCCAAAGACGAACAAUUCGAAGAGGAAAUUUUGGCCAGUAAAAAGAUAUCCUACUACGGUCAACCGAUUGGUUUAAUCGCAGCCAUCUCUAGAAAACUGGCUAUCAAGGCAGCCAGCUUGGUAAAAGUGUCGUAUAAAAAAUAUGAUACUAAGCCCGUAUUGAGCAUAACAGAAGCAUUAAAUGCUCCCGAUAAGCAAAACCGAAUUCGCGAGGAUGUGACAAUUAAAGCAACAGAUAAAGGCAACGAAACUACUCACACUAUUAAAGGUCAUUAUUACAUCCCAGACCAGUACCACUUUACUAUGGAGACUCAGAGCUGCAGGGCGGAACUCACGCGUCGCGGGAUACGAGUAUGGUCGGCUACGCAGUGGAUGGACUUAGUGCAGAUCGCAGUGGCCAGGUCACUGGACUUACCGUUGAACAGCGUGGACGUGUCGGCGGGGCGCGUGGGCGGCGCGUACGGCGGCAAGGCGUCGCGCUCCGCGCUGCCGGCGUGCGCCGCCGCGCUGGCCGCGCACGCGCUCGGCCGCGGCGCCAGUCUCGUCAUGCCGCUGACGGACAACAUGCACGCCGUCGGCAAGCGACAGGCGGCUCGAUUCGAGUACGAGUUGGGUGUGAACAACGACGGGGUUAUUCAGCACGCAGACAUCGUCUACUACUCGGACUGCGGUUAUUCGUACAACGACUCGUCGGGCUCAGAGAUAGCAUCUACUAUGGCCAAUCUGUAUGACACUUCCAGGUGGAAUAUCAAAGGGUACAGCGUUCUCACUGAUAAAGCUGGUAACACUUGGUGCAGAGCUCCAGCAACUACUGAAGGGACAGCUAUUGCGGAACAUUUAAUGGAACGAAUAUCGCACAUAACAAAGAAAGACCCAAUCGAUAUACGAAAAAUUAACAUCGCACCCAAACACAACAAAGUAAAAGACAUGAUAGAUACAUUCAAAAUGGACACCAAUUACAACGAUCGAAGAGCCGAAAUCGAAAAAUAUAAUGCCACCAACGCUUGGAAGAAAAAAGGCUUACAACUAACGAUAAUGAGUUAUCCUAUUGUGUAUUAUGGAAAUUUUUCAGUAACGAUUUCUGUGUAUCACGCCGAUGGGACAAUUUUGAUGUCCCAUGGAGGAAUCGAAAUGGGCCAGGGCAUAAAUACAAAGGCGGCCCAAGUUUGCGCGUACACUUUAAAAGUUCCAUUAAGCAUGGUGACGGUCAGGGGUUCGGAUAACUUCGUGUCUCCGAACAGCAUGGCGAGCAGCGGCAGCAUCACAAGUGAAGCUGUAGCAUUUGCCACUGUUAAAGCUUGUAAUGAAUUGUUGAAGAGGUUGGAGACUGUCAAGGAAGAGCUUGACGAGCCGACUUGGCAAGAGGUUGUUAAAGCUGCGUACGAUAAAGGAAUAAAUCUACAAGUUAACGCUAUGACGUCGCAGCUGGACAAUCUGGUAGGAUACCCGGUAUAUGGAGUUUGUUCCGCGGAAGUUCACUUAGACGUACUCAGCGGAACCCAUAUUAUUAACAGAGUGGAUCUCUUGGAAGACACAGGCCGUAGUCUCAACCCUGAUCUUGACGUGGGCCAAAUUGAAGGCGCGUUUGUAAUGGGUCUAGGGCUUUGGACAACAGAACAUUUGAUCUAUGAUGCUUCAGGUCAGCUGUUGACCAAUCGAACAUGGACGUAUAAGCCGCCUGGUGCGUGUGAUAUUCCAGUCGAUUUUCGAAUUUCAUUUAGCAGGAACUCGAUAAACAAUAAUGGGGUUUUAGGGUCAAAAGCUACCGGCGAACCAGCAUUCGUUCUGGCAGUGGUUGUGGUGCACGCGUUACAUGAGGCUAUCGUUGAGGCUCGGAAGGAAUAUGGUUAUAACGAUACAGAGUGGGUACAUGUUGAUACACCAUAUUGCGUAGAGAAUAUUAUUAGAGGAAUUUCUCCAAAUAUAAAGAGCUAUAAGUUAAAAUAAUAAAAUAUUUAUUAUGUAAUCACUAAUAUUGUUAACGAAUGAACAAUUGUCAUACUUAUACGAUACUUAGACGAUAAUUUAAAAAACCAUCAUG